AUCGGUAUUAAAUGCGCGCGCACUACAACUGGUGGCGCACAUUUAUGAAUGAGGAUCUAACCUUAGUUGUCGCGUACAAUUCAAACCAUUAAAAACAUUUAACACAAUUAAUAUCAUUGAAUUUAUUCUAAUACCAGGUUGGUGCAGCAGAAAAUAUAUUAAAUAUCCACCUAUUAUGACUGAUAAUGAAGAGGAAGGUAAUACUAAAAUAAAGAAUAUAAAAGUCUUUGUAAGGAUUCUUCCAUCUGUAAAUACACGUGAAUCAUGUGUAAAAAUUCAACCCGAACGCAACAUAAUUUAUGUAAAAUGCUUGCAAGAUGCUAAAUUCCACAAAGAUUCAAAAGUAAAGGAUCAAACCUAUUGGAGAUUUCCAACUGAUGGAAUAUUUUAUAAUUCCUUCCAAGAAGACGUUUAUCAAGGGGUUACGAAAGAUUUUCUAAAAAACGUUUUAGAUGGUGUGGAUGGCGUGAUAAUGACGUAUGGACAAACGGCUACUGGAAAGAGCUUCACAAUUAGUGGCCUGAGAAGUAAUUGGGAAAACAGAGGAUUACUGGCACGGCUGUUAGCUGAUUUGUUUAUUGAAAAAAAAUGUAGAAAGCACAUAAGUGAUAUUGAAUAUCAAUUAAGCUUCAUUGAAUUACGUGGAAACAACGUUAAGGAUCUUCUCACUCCUCAGAAUGGGAAUACUUCGCAUACUCCAAAACUUGAUUCUUUCAAGAAUAUCACAUCGGUUCCCUUACGCAACGAGGAAGAUACCUUAAAAAUAAUUUUUGAAGGUGAAGCACAUAGAACCAUCAUAAAGGGUUCUAGUUACCCAAACUCUCAUUUAGGAACUGCUAUAAUUACAUUUCAUAUAUCAAGUACCAGCUUAAUAAAAUCAUGGGCUGUGGUGACAGCAUCAAAAAUACACAUUGUUGAUAUGGCGGGUGUCGAUACAAUUGGCAAACCCAAUUGUUUUAAGACAGCCUUCGACGUGGGAAAUGCAAACUUGGCUAAAACACAGCUGGAACAAUUUUUUGUAUAUCUUGGGACUUCUGAAAAUAUUUCAACAACUGCUGUUGUUCGUACAAGCAAUGUUUUAAAAUAUUUAGGAAAUGCUCUUGGAGUUACUUCUAUUAUACGCUGUAUAGCUCAUAUACGAGCAAGUAGAGAAGAUCUUGACAUCACUUUAUCAAUGUUACGAUUCAGUAACAAAAUUGCUAAAUUGCAACCCUUAAAAGUGACAUACAACAUCGUUCCACAAGCAUCAUUAAUCAUUCAAAGACUUCAGGAUAAGGUGAAUUUGUUAAAGAACGAGUUGGAUAUUAAUGACAUUUUUUUUCACAAGGAAGCUUUGAUGAAUAUGUCAAAGGCUAGAGUUGAGCAAAUAAAACAAGAUGGCAUUAAUUUUUUGAAUGGGACACUGCCUGAUUUAAUGCUCCUAAGUAUUUCACAAGCUCAAGUAUUGCUGAGAGCUUUUAAGGAAUUAUAUACCAAGACUAAUUUGGAAAAGAUCGAAGCGGUGAAGAAUGCUGAAAUGCUUGCAGCAUCUAAAAAGGAUUCAACGCAACAUCUCGACAUUUCGAGUAGUUUAAGAAUAUCGAAGAUGGGAAGCAGUAAAAAUGUUUCUUCGUCGCAGAGUAAUAAAUUUCGUAGAGACAUCGAACGUCUACAUUCAAAAAAAUCGGCAGCGUCAAUGGAAAAAGUGAAAGAAAAAGUGGGCGACCUUCGGAAAUCGAGUAUUACUUUGGGGCCUGGAUUACCUGAUUCAGCUGAAGGUGAUGCAAUAAAAGCUAUGAAAAUUACGAGGCAUACAAAGCUUUCUGAUGGUUUAGCCUAUCCAGAUUCUGCGAUUGCUGAUGAAAUUAAUUCUUUGGUAUCUGAAGUUAGUUGCAGGCUAUGUAUAUUAAUUUUUAUUAAAAAUAUUACAGUACCAACUCAUGAGGAAGCUUAUUAUCGGUUUAUUAAUAAAAUUGAAGAGGCCGCUCGAUUAAACAAAGAGUUACAGAAAAACGACGAAUAUCUUGAUGCGCAAAGAAAAACGUUGACAGAAGCGAUCGAAAGCUAUACCCAGAUUAAAUUGAAAUUGGAGUUAACUCGAAAUGAAUUAACAAAAGAACAAAACCUCCGUCAUCUUCAAGGAAAUGAAAAAUACGACACAGAAGGAAGAAUCUUGAUAUCACAAAUGGAAAAAAAUAUAUUACAGACUGUGAUGAAUUUAGAAAAUAAUUUGAAAAGUGCACAAGCAGAGUUUAUUGAUGUAAAAUCAAAUAUUAAAAAUAUUCUUAAUAAUCGGUCAGAAAUUCAGCACCAAUUGGAAACUGCUUUUGAAAAAUUCUGCGUGACUACAUAUAGCCAGCCAAUACCAAAAACUAACACAACUCCGCAAACACUGGAAUCCGAAAUAAACGAAAACAAUUCGUCUGAAUGCAUGAAGAUAAAAUUUAAUCAACUCCAACAAACAAUGAAGCACAUAAUAAAAGUAUAUAUAUACCAAUUUACCGUGUUAAUUAAAGACACUUUUCGAUACAGAUUAUUCAUUGCAAAAUAAUUUUAGAAGAAACCCACGAUAAAGAAACCUUGGAACAAUUACGCGACCUAACAACGAUAACGAAGUCAAUGAAAAAUAUUCUGAAUAAUAAUAAUAUAAGGUAUAUAGAUAUGAUUUUUCAAAGAAUAUACUGCACUACGAUGGACACA